CAUAAGCCAUAUGACAGCGAGGUGAAAUGAACCGAUUUUCUUCCAUGAAGACGUUUCCUCACCUGUGAGGCGGGUUGAAAGGGGAACUGAUCUCCAGCGUUCCGUGUUUCAGAUCGGAAGGUUUAGUUGACUGGACACCGCCGGCUCGCAAGCAAAACAAACCAGCCCAGGCUUUUCCACUUCCGUGACGUUUGGUCGGAGCACUAAUUAAAGACUUGUCACGCUACGUACAACGUUUAAUCGACGUCUACAGAUAAUUUUACCGCAUUUUCGCUAGCUAGCGAGCCAAUGUUAUAAGCUGGGAACGCUGUCUUAUGCGACUCGCGGUAGGUUAGCGUAGCAUUAGCUUAUUAGCCAACCGCCGCUGUUGUCGAGACACACACAAAAAAAAUGGCACGGCAGGAGCGACAUCGGUAUAGUUGAAAUUAGAAUACAAAAACGCAGGCUGGGGGUUGGUCGGCCGUUUUAUUAAGACGUGCGCGUUAAGUUUGUUGGCUCUUAGCAUUAGCUUGCUAACGGGUUUGACAGCGUCAGAUGUGAACAACGCAGCUGUUGACAAAAUGUGACAUUGCCAACGUCAGUGGUUUGUCAGAGGAAGCCAGUUGUGGGUAUCUUGUCAGUUGGGUCAUGGGGUUUGUCCCGGCUCGCCGUGGCCCCAAAGGAUAUCGACCGACGUUUUAGCUAACCGGUCAACUAACAGUCGGGGAGGCUAUUGCGUCGACUGGCCGGUCGGCUGCCUCUCAACAUGCCUGGAAUGGUGGCGUUCGGCCGGCGAUGGGGAAUCGCCAGUGACGAUCUUGUUUUCCCCGGUGUUUUUGAGCUGGUCGUCCGUAUACUGUGGUGGAUCGGGACCCUGAUUCUCUACACUGUCCACAAGGGCAGAUUCGGCUGUGACGGUGGGGGAGUUCUCCACACCUACCUGGUCGGACUCUUGGUCCUGCUUGCGUUGAUCAUCCUGUCAUUAUGUGCUAUAGUCUACGUCAGUGCUCAAGGCACCAUCACUAAUCCUGGGCCACGACGCUCCAUCCCAAUGCUGGUAUAUCUACGAGCACUGCUGUAUAUCCCCGAGCUAGUGUGGGCCUGUUUAGGUGCUGUCUGGGUAUCUGAUGACAGCCAGGGCUGUGAUCUUGCUACAGUGGGUGCUGUCAUCGCAGCAAUGGUUGCAAGCUGGAUUGUACUGCUCUUCACGGGGCUGGGUGUGGUGUUUGUGUUUGACCCUUUGGGAAACCCUCGCCCACAGUCUGCUGCUCAGGAGCCCCUGGGUAUGCGAGACAUGGAGAGCAGUGAAAGCAACCAGUUCCUCUUUACGGCUCGCUCCCUGGCCGUGAAGGUAUGGGAGAGCCGACUCCAGCUGCUGUGCUGCUGCUUGCCGCAGGAUGAGAGCCACAGAGCAGCAUUUUCCGGCAUUGCCCAGCUCGUCAGCGGCUUCUUUUCUGACACAGACCUGGUUCCCAGCGACAUUGCAGCUGGUUUGGCUCUCCUCCACCAGGAACAGGAUAAGAUGGAGCAAUGCAGAGACCCAGAUGAUAUACUCACUCACAGCCCCUCCUCCCCCAUUGGUGAGGAUUUGGAGACAGAGUUGGAGAAAGCAGCUCACUGUAUGCAGUUUGCUGCAGCAGCCUAUGGCUGGCCAAUGUACAUUUACUCCAACCCACUUACCGGGGCCUGCAAACUCAGCAGGGACUGCUGUAGGAGCCAAGCUGCUGAAUAUGACAUUGUUGGGGGAGACCACCUGGGCUGUCACUUUUCCUCCAUCCUGCACAGCACCAACCUGCAAUACCGAGACUUCAUCUAUGUCAGCUUCCAUAACCAGAUCUAUGAAAUCCCAUUCUUUGUGGCUCUGGAUCACAAGAGGGAAGCUGUGCUGGUGGCCAUUAGAGGAACGCUGUCACUAAGGGAUGUCCUGACAGACCUGUCUGCUGAAUGUGAGAACCUGCCCAUAGAGGGAGUGUCUGGAACCUGUUAUGCUCACAAGGGCAUGUCACAAGCAGCAAGUUACAUUUACAAGAAGCUGGUCAAUGACGGCAUCCUGAACCAGGCUUUCUCCAUUGCACCGGAGUAUAAACUCGUAAUCACUGGCCACAGCCUGGGCGGUGGUACAGCUUCCCUGCUGGCCAUCCUUUUGCGUAAUUCCUUCCCCACCCUGCAGUGCUACUCGUUCUCGCCACCAGGUGGACUCAUGAGUAAAGCGCUAGCUGAUUAUUCCAAAAACUUUGUGGUCUCCGUUGUGCUGGGAAAGGACCUGGUGCCAAGAUUGAGUAUUCCCAAUAUGGAGGAUUUAAAGAGAAGGAUACUUAAAAUGGUCUCUAACUGCAGUAAGCCCAAGUAUCGCAUCCUGCUGCAAGGAUGCUGGUAUGAGAUGUUUGGAGGAGACCCAGAUGACUUCCCUACAGAAAUGGACAACAGGAGAGAGGAGGAGCUCAGCCAGCCCCUGCUCGGGGAGGAGUCGUUGAUGAUUCACCACUCCUCAUCCUAUCAGAGCCUGGCUUCAGACGAUUCGCCUGCACACACGGCUGCCCACCUACCCCUCUAUCUGCCUGGGCGCAUUCUACACAUCACAGAGGAUGGACCUUCACGGAGAUCAUGCUUUGCCCAGGUGAGGUACCGGGCUGAGUGGUCCAGUGAGAUGGCGUUCCGGAGUGUUCUGAUUAGUCCCCGGAUGAUUGCCGACCACAUGCCUGACGCCGUGCUCCGUGCGCUCCGCAGUCUGACCAGCGAUCGGCCCUUCUCUCUCUGCCCAUCUUCACUAAGCAACAGCCACCCAAAUGUCAUCUGAAAUGUAUAACCAUGGACUGAUUUCUCACACCUUCUGUAUCUGGCUGCAAGUCUCGAUCUCAAGCGCACUCCUUAGUGUAUCGAAGUCCCCCCACACUUUGCGCCAUACCUGGUUUAUGGCCAUCUCAAAUAAUUACAGCAGCCCGGGUCCCAAUCCUGUGCUCCCAGGCAAUCCAUUCAUUCUAGUUUUCACCCUAGGCCAUCGUUGGAUGUUUUCUUUUCAAAUCUGGUCGUUUCAGGAAAUGAUUGUCAAUAGAAUUAAUGCACCUGGAGGAGAUUGACCAGUUUUUAACCCCAUGAAUGAACUGACCCUCUGAGCGACUGAAAUGAUGCACUGUCCUUUUAUUCAAGGACCUGGAUGGCAAAUUGCACUUUUUGGUUUUAUUCAAUUAUUUGUUUGUAUUUUAUUGCUUUUCAAGUUUUGGAGUGACUCCAUGAACAUUAUGCCACCGUCAUCGACUGUGCUUUGUAUAUGAAGUUAAAUUGUGAUGUGGAUUUAUUGUAAUUUUAGUGUAAUAUUUUUUUUGUUUUUUGUUUAUGUGAUUGUUGAUAGAGGCUCCCCUUGGUCACUGGUACAGUGUCCAAUAUUGUCUUCCUUAUCUUUGAGAAGAACCGAAGAACAAACUCAUCCGGCAUUAUAGGGAUAUAAGGGCAUAUUUGACCUCAAAAUUUGGACAAAAACAAUAUGGCUUCUUUUGUUUUUCCAAAGUAAAUGUGGUUCGUCUGUCUUGUGUUGAAUGUCUAGAGAAAAUCAGGUCGAAUAGUGCCUAUGCAUCACAGGAAAGGGAAAAAAAAGAGACGAAAUUGCUUUACUUAAUGCAGUGUUUCUCAACCCAGUCCUCAAGGAACCCCUAUCCUGCAGAUUUUCUUUGCAACCCUGAAUAGGUACCUGUUUGUAGUAAUUCAGCAGUGCAUGUCAGAGUUUGCACACCUUGCAUAAUUAAGUGCUGCGAGAUGAUUGAUUAAGUACAAGCAGAGCUACGUAUGCAGGGUCACAAUGAAAAUCUGCAGGAUAGGGGGUCCUUGAGGACUGGGUUGAGAAACACUGAGUCUUAAUGGAUGUAAACUGAGUACAAUAACGAGAUUUCCCCCCCUGCAUUUAAUAUAAUGCGGUUUAAUAGUGCAUGAUGUUUGCAAGUUUGCCAUAACAACAAGGAUUGUAAAGCAGGACAAGUGAACGUACAAAGAGAGGCUUGUUGUGAACCUGUUUACUUGCCAAUAGGUGUUUAGUGUCACGUUACGAGGAGACAAACAGUGACUCGAGAGAUGGAUGUCUGCAUAACACUUGACACAUCCUGCAAAGAGUGUGUGUGUGACCGACUCCUGAACGCCAAAUAAAGACACGCUGAACUUC